AUGCUUUCGCUUUUCUUAUGUCUAUGUGUUUUGCUUAGCUCAACAUCCUUUAUUCAAGCCGAAGGAACGGAACCUUUAAAUGACUUCGAAUGUGAAUUAUUAAAUAAACCUAAACGUAUUGAUGUUACUAUCGAAACAGGCUCUAAAUUUCUCGCUGGCACUAAUGAUGGAAUUCACCUUCUUCUUCGUGACUCUCAAGGUUUCGUGUGUACAGCUGAUGAUUUGAAUAAUGAUGGCGAUGAUCACGAGAGGAACUCUAUAGACAAAUAUGCGCUUUGUUGUCCGCAAGAUUUUGCCAAAACCAAUGAUUCAUUAAGCAUGCUUAUAAUCGGUCACAAGCGCGGUUAUUAUAAAGGUGGUGGCGAUGAUUGGUUGAUCGAGCGCAUUGAAGUACAUCGAAACGACUUUCUACUUUUCACCUAUCGCUUUCAUGCCUGGACUAAUCCUCGAAGAACCACGAUCUUCGGAGCUUCGAAAGUGACAAGUUCACAUUCAGACAAUGCAGAACCAUCGUAUUCUCUUAUUCGUUUAUAA